AUGGCCAUGGAUAUAUCCCGCCUAAUCGCACCAUUCGCUAUGAUCACGACACCGGAUUUUCACACGGUGAAAAUUGAAUGGUUUGACAGUUUGGACGAGCUGGAAAUGGCGGGUCUAAAAUGUGCAGUCGAAGUUUCCAUUCGAAAAGUGGAACACACCAACUGGGAAGUGAUCUAUUUGGGGCGCAGUGAUCAGUGUCUGUAUAAUAAAAUGGAACCUGGAAUGGAAUAUUUAAUACGCCUGAGACUGAACUUAGGCGAUCAGUUUGGACCUUACGGUGAGGAGCAAAAGAUCGAAAUGCCACCGGAACCCAAUACUGGAUCAGAUUUGCACAAGGCUAUCAAACAAGUCAAUAUUGAAGUGACUGAUCGUUGCGAUUUUACACCACUGAUGGCCGUGGCCAGCCGAAAUCUGAAAAACAUGGUUCACAUUUUAAUUAAGUACGGUGCCAAACCAAAUACCACAAACAAGCUGGGAAAAACCGCCUUGAUGAUUGCUUCAAAUAAGGGGUAUACGGAAAUCGCAGAGUAUCUUUUGAGCCACGGAGCCGAUCCGAAUAUUCGAGAUAUAAAUGGAAUGCAUGCAGUAUUCUACGCCGUGGACGGGGAAUACGGCAACAUCGUUCGAAUCUUGGUAAAGAGUGGCGCCAAAAUCGACUUAGAGGAUUACGACAAUCACUGGACUCCUCUCAUACGACUUGCCUGUCUUGCAAACAACGGGAACGCCAGAGUAGGAGCUGCUCUGAUUGACUGUGGAGCGAAUGUCAAUCAUCGCGACAAAUAUGGUCAGACAGCCCUAAUGCACUGCGCGUUUCAUCGGAAUCACGUGGAUCUGGCAAAGCUUCUCCUGGCACAUGGUGCUGAUCCAGAUAUCAAGAACAAUGUGAGUCUCGAUCUUGUGUUCUGA